UGGCCGGCGUUGAGCAGAGUCUUGGGCGCAAUGGACGCAGAGAGCCUCCUGCUGUCGCUGGAGCUGGCGUCCGGCAGUGGGCAGGGCCUCAGCCCCGACCGUCGGGCCUCGCUGCUUACCUCCCUUAUGCUGGUGAAACGUGACUACCGCUUCGAUCGGGUCCUCUUCUGGGGCCGCAUCCUCGGCCUCGUCGGCGAUUAUUACAUCGCGCAGGGCCUGAGUGAGGACCAGCUCGCACCACGCAAGACCCUCUACAGCCUGAACUGCAUGGAGUGGAGCCUCUUGCCCCCUGCUACGGAGGAGAUGGUGGCACAGACGUCUGUGGUGAAGGGCCGCUUCAUGGGGGACCCCUCGCAUGAGUAUGAACACACUGAGGUGCAGAAGACAAAUGAGGGCGAAAAGGUCUUUGAAGAAGACGUGGUGGUCCAGAUCAAGGAAGAGACCCGCUUGGUGUCUGUCAUCGACCAGAUUGACAAGGCUGUGGCUGUCAUCCCCCGAGGAGCCCUUUUUAAGACCCCUUUUGGGCCUGUCCAUGUCAAUCGAACUUUUGAAGGACUGUCCUUGUCUGAAGCCAAGAAGCUCAGCUCCUACUUCCACUUCAGGGAGCCUGUUCAGCUGAAGAACAAGACCUUGCUUGAGAAGGCUGACCUGGACCCCUCCCUGGACUUCUUGGACUCCUUAGAGCAUGACAUUCCCAAAGGGUCCUGGAGCAUGCAGAUGGAGAGAGGCAACGCUCUGGUGGUGCUGCGCAGCCUGCUCUGGCCAGGCCUCACCUUCUUCCAUGCUCCCCGCACCAAGAACUGUGGCUAUAUCUACGUGGGAACCGGCGAGAAGAACAUAGACCUCCCCUUCAUGCUCUAGGAGAGGGGGUCAGCCUGGGGAGUUUUAUACAGAGUCUAAACAUUAUUUUCAUAAACUGCAGUGAAUUUA